GUUUCGAAAAAUAAUUAGCUAGAAACGUUAUUUUUUGUAAAAAAAAAAGUAUUAUGAUUGAAUCACAACGUAAGCCUUAGUUUUCACCCUAUAAAACACCCAAGUACGCCAUUGAUAUGGAUGUAUCACUCAGUGUCAUCAAACAGGACUGAAAUAAUCACAUCGAAGUUGCUCCAUUUUUAAUGGCAAAGUUAGUUGUUCUCUAUCUCCUCCUCAUUGCAGCUGCUCUUUCUCAAUCCACGACUGCUACUACUGCUACCUCAAGAAAAGUACGGAUGAUGGCGGAAGACCGGCGCCGUCUCGAGGAUCAGUGCGAGUCCACCGGGUACUGCGGACCAUUCGCGGCCUGUUCCAACUGUCCCCCUCACUACGCUUGUUGUGUGUUGUUCUGUAAUCGGACUUGGUGGUGAAUGCUGUCAAGUGUGAAUGGCAAUUAGUUUGUCUAUGUAUCUUGCUUAUGUACCUUGAAAUCCAAUGUAUUACGUAUUUCCCCAUUACAUUUGAAU